AUGGUUAGAAUACGCCAUAUAAUUGAAAUGCGAAAAGCACUAAAGGCCGAUCCGUUAUUGCCGCCCAUAUCCAAAAACCGUGAAAGAAGUUUCACUGAUGCAUAUGACAGGAAAAUGGCACCAAAAGAUAUCAUCGAGGUGGAUUUACAAAUCAGGGAGCUUAUGACCGACUGCUUCAAGUUCGAUAAUAUUGUCUGCCUCGUAUCUGAAAACGAAUGCGACUGCGAUGGUCCAUGGAAACUUGUUACAACAACGGAAGUAAUUCCAAAAGCCAGUGAGAUCUCCAUUCCGGGCGCUUUUACAUUCGAGUUCAUAUUCGAACGAGAUCGUCAGCUGCGACUUGAAAUUUGCGAUUACAACGAGGAUGAAGUGACUGUCAUUGGAACAGCGACACUUUCUGCCACCGAAAUCGUCGCUUCAACAUCCCAUCUUACCAAGAAUCUUAUGUGA